GGGGAUGGGUGAAUUCCGUAAUCAGUGUGUAUAUAACGGUAAGCAAUAACUCAGACCUCCAGUUCCAUUAGCAAGCUGUGAUUGUGAAAUGAAGAUGCAGAAGUCUGUCUCUGUCGUUCCUCUACUGUUGCUCCUCUGCCUGUCUGGGGUAAGGGUCACCAAAGGUCAAGGGGUAGAGGUCACUAAAGCUGUAGAUUUCAAGACGGAAAACGAGGUGGUCAAAACACCAGCAGACGGAAAGACAGACGGACAGACAGACUCUGAGCCGGACCUCUGGGCUGAGCUGAAAGCCCUGAGAGACAUGGUGGUGGAACAGAGAGUGGAACUGACUGUCACUCAAAGUCAACUGGAGGACGUGAAGACACAGAAUUCAGAGAUGGAGUUCAGGCUGAGAACUGCAGAGGACCAGGUGAAGCUACUGAAGGCUGAGAAUCAAGCCCUGGAGAUGAGGACUCUUGACGUCAGCUCCAACUACUCUCAGAGCCAGGUCGAACUACAGAAGACUGAGCUGGAGGAGCUGAAGAGAGAGAACACAGAACGGAAGGUAGCAUUCUCUGUUACUUUGGGAGUUGGGGGUUACUAUGGUGGUUACUAUGGACCCACAUCCACUACCCUGGUCUACAAGGACAUCCUGACAAACAUAGGCAAUCACUACAACCCAACUAAUGGUCACUUCACAGCCCCAGUGAGGGGAGUGUACUACUUCAGAAUCGCCUUGUUCGGAAUCGUAGAAAGGAACAGCGGAAUACAUUGCAACCUCCGCACUAACGGCACCGUAACCCUGAAGGCAGGUCUUUGGGAAUACAUUGCAAAGUCCCAGCACCACGUAGCUAAUGCUGCCUCUCUGCUGCUAGAGCAGGGAGACGUAGUUGACGUUCAACUGGGUGGAACCACAAUCUACGAUGACAGUCACAAGAGAAACACCUUCAGUGGCUUCCUGCUCUUCCCAGUGUGAG